UGCACUGCUUCCCAAGUCGCGCAGCAUUGAACGAGAUCUCGCACGAUGGAGUGGGGCUCCUCUUCUGUCCGCACCACCAACUUGUCACCAAAGAUGGCGAUUUGCUGAGUGCUCAUGGAUACACACAUUUUGUGUCUAGUCUUUAUCCUACCAGAGACAUCAACCGCAAAACCUAAUUAACCGCUCGACGAACUGAUCCUUAACCCUUGGAAGAACAUCGGGAACUACGUUGGCCACCGCCACCAUGCAAAUCACCCUAAAAACUCUGCAACAGCAGACCAUUCAAAUUGAGAUAGACCCCGAACAAACGGUGAAGGCUUUAAAAGAGAAGAUAGAAGCAGAGCGAGGAAAAGACAAUUUUCCUGUAUCUGGACAGAAGCUGAUAUAUGCUGGAAAAAUUCUACAAGAUGACACACAAAUAAAGGACUAUAAAAUAGAUGAGAAAAAUUUUGUUGUAGUCAUGGUGUCAAAGGCUAAGACCCCAGCUGCUGCCGCAGCACCUCCAGCUUCAGAAGCACCCAAACCUUCUGCCCAGGAUUCUGGUUCCACGUCAACAUCUGUCCCCACUUCAACCUCAGCUCCAAUUCCAACUCCAGCCCCAACCUCCACUCCUGCAGCUGUCCUCACACCGGCUGAUGAGGUCAAGGAAGAACCAAGUGUUACAGCAACAGAAAACCCACAACCAGCCAGUUCCAGUGGAGGGAGCCAGGGUUUGGAUGCCUCUUCCGCACUUGUGACUGGGGCAGAGUAUGAAGCAAUGCUGAAAGAGAUCAUGUCUAUGGGCUAUGAGAGGGAACGAGUGGUGGCAGCACUACGAGCCAGCUUCAACAAUCCUCACAGAGCUGUGGAGUACCUUCUUACUGGUCUCCCGAGCAGCCCAAUCCAGGACACGAAUCCCCCGGCGCACACACCAGCUUCUGGACCCACAGAAGCGCCAUCUCUAGCAGAAGGAGACAACCCCCUUGCAUUCCUGCGGACUCAGCCCCAGUUUCUUGACAUGAGGCAGGCAAUCCAGCAGAACCCUGCAAUGCUUCCAGCUCUCCUGCAACAGCUUGGCAGGGAGAACCCCCAACUCUUGCAGCAAAUCACUCAGCACCAGGAGCUGUUCAUCCAAAUGCUAAAUGAGCCGGUGGGCGAGGGCGGAGAAGUGCCAGAGGUGGGCGAGAUAGGGGCAGCAGGCGAGGAAGGUGCGCCAGUUAACUAUAUUCAAGUUACACCUCAGGAGAAGGAAGCCAUUGAAAGGCUAAAAGCGCUGGGCUUCCCUGAGGCACUCGUCAUUCAGGCCUACUUUGCCUGCGAGAAGAACGAGAACCUGGCUGCCAACUUUCUUCUCAACCAGGGCCUGGAAGACGACUGAAGAGCCGAAACGACCGCCUUCCUGUUCCUCCCCUCCCACCCUCCCC